GAAUUAAUGCCUGCUCUCUGUUACUGGAAUAAAUGCAAUCACUUCAACUGACAGCUUUAUCGCAGUAACUUUAAUUUCUCUGGUUUUGUUUUCCCCAUGCCUUGUAUGAGCCAGCAAGGUUGGAAACUAACUUCCUUCAAUACAAAAUUAGAUCACUAUUGGCAACUACCACUGAAAGCUACAGAUUUUUAGGAGAUCUCGCAAUUGCUGCGCAGGCUCCUCGUAUUAAUAAUCAACUGAAGCCUCCGAUUCAUUGAAUUAUUUUGACCAAAAAAAAGGAGCAGCAAUAAACAGUGGGAUGUGAAACAGUGCGGUACAGUUGUCUAAAAGCUGCUGGGUCUAUCGCAUGGCUGUAUGUGAGAUGUGCAAAGGAAAAUAAUAAUCUUAAAAAGUUAUUGUCAGUGAUCAUUCAUGAGAGAUCAUUUUGGCUGAACUAACAAUCAAAGCUCAAAAAUGAUAAAAUUAUUUCUUCUCGUGGUUCUCGGGACCUUUCUGGAGUCCAGCAAAGUCUUUGGCCUGCCACAGACUUUGCCUCGAGUGUAUCUCACAUCUAACGAGCUAAAGGCCACUCAUACAUCUCAGCUUUACAGUCUGUCCUCGAAUCCUUUGGAUUAUCGCAUCCUACUCAUGGAUGAAGAUCAAGACCGCCUGUAUUUAGGCUGCAAAGAUUACAUCCUGUCUCUCAAUGUAAACAACAUUAGCCAGAGUCCCCUUGCUGUUCACUGGCCAGCAUCAAGCAAUAAAGUGGAUGAAUGCAAAAUGGCUGGCAAGGAUCCAAAUAAUGGUUGUGGUAAUUUUGUACGCGUUAUACAAGUGUACAACCGGACGCAUCUCUUUGUUUGCGGCAGUGGUGCAUUUAGCCCUGUCUGCACAUACAUCAACAGGGGUCGCAAAUCUGAGGAUCAAAUAUUUAUGAUUGAAUCAAAAAACGAGUCAGGAAAGGGCCGCUGCUCAUUUAACCCUCAGGUUGACACGGUGUCCUUAAUGAUCAAUGAAGAGUUAUUUUCAGGAGUGUACAUCGACUUCAUGGGUACUGAUGCGGCAAUAUUCCGCAGUCUAACAAAAAGAAACAGCAUAAGGACAGACCAGCACAACUCCAAGUGGCUAAGUGAGCCUGUAUUUGUGGGCGCGCAACUCAUUCCUGAUGGCACUGACCCAAAUGAUGCAAAACUGUACUUCUUCUUCCGGGAAAAGGUGACAGAUGCUCACGGUAAUACCAAGCAAAUUCACUCCAGGAUUGCCAGGAUCUGUCCUAAUGAUAUAGGAGGUCAGCGCAGUCUUGUUAACAAAUGGACAACAUUCUUAAAGGCUCGUUUGGUAUGUUCUGUGAUAGAUGAUGAUGGCACAGAAACUCACUUUGAUGAACUGCAGGAUGUAUUUUUAUUAGAAACAGAAUACCCCAAGAGCCUGCUUGUCUAUGGACUGUUCACAUCUUCAAGCUCAGUAUUUAAAGGCUCGGCUGUGUGUGUCUAUAACAUGCUCGACAUUCACACGGUAUUUAAUGGACCAUUUGCACACAAAGAAGGACCAAGCCAUCAAUAUGUUCCAUACCAAGGCAGGAUUCCGUAUCCUAGGCCUGGCACAUGCCCUGGAGGAGCAUUUACACCAAACACGUUGUCAACAAAGGAUUAUCCCGAUGAUGUGGUAACGUUUAUCAGGAACCAUCCUACGAUGUAUAACUCUGUCUAUCCGAUCAAUAAACAGCCGUUGAUUGUGAGGAUUAACACUGAUUAUAAGUACACCAAGAUAGUGGUGGACCAAGUGAAGGCGGCCGAUGGAAGAUAUCACGUCCUCUUUCUCGGCACAGAUAAGGGAACCGUCCAGAAGAUUGUGGUCUUGUCAAAAAACACAUCAAAUAAGGAGGAGCUUAUCUUGGAAGAAAUUGAAGUAUUUGAGAAUCAAUCAGCGAUCACAACAAUGAAGAUUUCAUCCAAAAAGCAACAACUGUAUGUGAGCUCUGAUGAAGGUGUAGCCCAGGUGUCCUUUCAUCGAUGCCAUGUCUAUGGUACAGCAUGUGCUGACUGCUGCUUGGCCAGGGACCCUUACUGUGCUUGGGAUGGCAAAUCCUGCUCCAGGUUUUAUCUAACUGGCAAAAGGAGGAGUCGAAGACAGGAUGUCCGACAUGGCAACCCAAUGACCCAGUGCAGAGGCUUUAAUCUGAAAGAAUACAGAAAUGCUGUGGAGUCUGUGCAAUAUGGAGUGAAAAACAGCACUGCCUUCCUUGAAUGCACACCAAAGUCACCCCAAGCAUCCACCAAAUGGUUGAUGCAGAAAUCAAAUGACAGAAGAAAGGAGGUAAAGCAAGACGACAGAAUUCUUGUGACUGAGCACGGCCUCCUGAUUCGUUCCGUGCAGAGCAAUGACCGAGGUCUCUAUCACUGCAUUGCCACUGAGAACAACUUUAAAAGCACCGUGACCAAAGUUAAACUGAAGGUUUUUGACCCGGAAUUGGUUUCCCCCAGAAUUACCAAAGGGGCACCGUGGCCCUGGACUGCCGCCAACGACCUGAGUGGUGUGCAGGUCCUCCACAAGGAUCUGAUAGGACUAUUCAGUUACUCCGAAAUGCAGGCGAUCAAUAAGUACUGUAAAGAGAGCUGGCACAAGCCGAGACCCAAUGGUGAGGGCCAAUCAAUCAGAAUAGAUCACUCAAAACUAAAGGCCCUCAUCAACAGAAGAAAAAGUCGGAAUAGAAGAAACCAUUUGCCUGUUACUUAAAGGACUGCUUGCAAAGAAUGUCUUUGUUAGUGUAAAACUAUUUAAUAUAAAUUGUACAGAAUGCAUCUGUAGUCACCUUUUACUAUUUUUAUCCUUUUGAAGUACAAGUAAAUUCUUACUGUCUGAGCAUGUUAUGAGUAACAGAACAUUUAAUACUGUUGCCUGGUCUGUGUAAUACUUUUCUCAUAUGUAAGGUCCAGAUGUGCAUUUAGUUUUCAUUUUUGCCUGGUUAGAGUAACUUAGAAGGCAGCUGUAUUCUGUUGAAGCGUUUGAAGGUAACUUCACUCGGACCUCUGCUUUCGAUCAGUAACCCAAAGCCCUCUGACUUUCCCAACUUGUGUUUGGCUCUUAGCCAAGACUAAUGAUCAGCUCAUCAGAAUUUAAUGGCCGGGGUGGGCCAAAACAUCCAGUCUUUUCAUGAGAAAGUAUGCUAUUAGCUUGGUGUGGUACUAGUCCUGACAUCCUACUGUACGGAGAGGUUGGCAGGUCCAAAGAAUACUAGAUCUUGUGCUUUAAUGUGAUGUAUAAUGGUGUAAAAUGUUGGUAUCUUAAGAGCAAAGCCCUGAGGGGAAUUAUUUUAAGAAAUCUGUUCUCUAAGUAUUAUAUAUAGAGAAAAUAGAUAUUAUGCUGUCAAAAGAAUUGUUACUUUGAAAAUCUAAAGCUGCUGUACGUUAGAAAAUUGGCAUGACAAACUCAGAGCAAUCCCGUCACCUUUUGCAAGGUGGUUAAGAUGAGCAUCUUGCAUAAUCUUUCCUCUGGGUUGUAACGGCCUGUCUGUCAAUUGAUUGCGGUAUGUUUGUAAUAUUAGCUGUUUUAAUUUCAAACUUUUAGCAUUUACAUCUUGUUAUUGCAUUAUUCCUUAUCCACUUUGAGAUGUGGAAAAUAAGAAAAUUCACUUUUGCCCCAUUGUGAAACGAUUAAUCACAAUGAAAACAGGACGAUAUUUGGUCAUCAAAUGAACGUCAAUCUUCAUUGGGUAAAUGGGUAUAAUCCCUGAGUAACACAUCUACACGUUGCCAAACCUCAAGGCACGUUUACUAAAGCUCCAGGCACAACCUGCAAACCCAUAAAUAACCACAAAUGGAAUCAGCUGCCUCUGGUGUUCCUGCUAGGAUCAAACUGCAGAUUGUAAAAAUAAAUGUGUUCCGAGUCUUUAUUGUAAAUGAAAUGUGUAGGAUAUUAUUUAGUAUGUUUCAAUGUUUUGGCAAAUUCAAAUGUUAUUUGGUGUGCUGUAAUGUGUAGAUUAAGUGCAAAAAGUAUUUCCAUCUGCCUUUGUAAGCUGCAGUUCAAAUAUCUUUGUACAGAUUUUAUAAAAAUUGCAUUGAAGUCAUAGAAAAAAGCAAAGUAGAAAUGGAACUGUGUGCUCCUAUAAAUUAGGUUAAUGUGUAGAUAAAGUAUAGAUUAAACUCAUAUGUUCUAAAUUAUGUAUAUCAUGACACAAUGUACUUUCAUGGUGAUGAUAAUAAAUCUUCAAAGACACAAUGAA